GGCAAUGUUCAACCAAAUGGCUCGCCGGAAGCGUUCGAAGAAGAACCCAUACUCAUCUCGCGGCCUCGACAAAUUCUCCUCUGUUGUAUCAGAACUGGAUGCCAGAAAGAAGAAAAUCAUGUCCAGCGCAGGCGCUAAUGGCGUCUCCUUGGUCCGGUUCAUGCACUCCAAUUCUCAUGAUUGGACUCCGGUCAUCGUCCGGCAAAGAGAGGAGGAGGAAGAUAAAAACAAGGCUAUGGAUAAGGAACUUUUGCCGGCGGUGACGGCGAAGACGGAGAGGGGGAAGAAGGAGAUGAAGUGGUGGAGAUGGAGGCCUUCUUAUUAUCUGUUGGCGGUGAUGCUUCUUAUAUUGGUUUGUUUUGUUAUUUCUGGGCGGGUGUUCGCUAUUUGUUGUUUGUCUGUGUUGUGGUAUUUGUUGCCAUUGCUGAAAGGUGAAGAGAAUGGGAAUGCAGGGAGGAGGUGGGGGGUGAGGAAGACGAUAGGUGGAGCAUGAGUUAAAGGUGCCCUCUUGGUGUUUUUUUUUUUAUGUAAAUUAUGAGAAAGAUUGAUAUGAAUACUUUUAUUUUUAUGUAAGUUUAGAAAGGUUA